AUGAAGACCUGGUUGGUGACCGUUGCGGCUCUCGCCUCCACGGCAAUUGCCUCGUGCGAGAGCAAGUGCCACUGCCUGCCUGGCGACAGCUGCUGGCCCGCCCCAUCGGCUUGGGCAUCGCUGAACAACACCGUUGGCGGUCGUCUGGUCGCGACUGUGCCCAUUGGUAGCGUUUGCCAUGCUCCGACCUACAAUGCCACGGCCUGUGCGGCUCUGCAGGACAACUGGCACGAGCCUCAGACUCACCUGGCCUCGUCCUCGUCAGUAAUGCAGGCUUUCUUCGCCAACCAGAGCUGCGACCCCUUCACGGCGAAGAGCCGGCCCUGUGAACUCGGCAACUACGUUGACUACGCUGUGAACGUCUCCUCCAGUGAUGACGUCGUGGCUGCCAUCGAGUUUGCUCAGGAUAACAACAUCCGUUUCGUCAUCCGCAACACUGGCCAUGACUACCUGGGCCGCUCGACCGGUGCUGGCGCCCUUUCUGUGUGGACCCAUCAUCUGAAUGACAUUGAGUAUAAGGACUGGUCGGAUGCAACCUACCAGGGCCCUGCAUUCAAGAUUGGUGCCGGUGUGAUGGGCUUUCAGAUCCUUGAGGCCGCCACCGACCAGGGUCUUGUUGUUGUCACCGGCGAGUGCCCCACGGUCGGUCUCGCUGGUGGGUACACCCAGGGUGGUGGUCACUCCGCGUUGAGCACCUCCUUUGGUCUCGGUGCGGACCAGACCCUGGAGAUUGAAGUUGUCACCGCAGCCGGUGAGGUUGUAACCGCCUCUCGCUCGCAGAACUCGGAUCUUUUCUGGGCUAUCAGCGGCGGUGGCGCUGGCAACUAUGGCGUGGUUAUGUCCAUGGUCGUCAAGGCUCAUCAGGACGCAACCAUUGGCGGUGCUUCUCUGGAAUUCACUUCUACGAACAUCACCACCGACACCUUUUACGAAGCCGUCGCUGAGUUCCACAAGCUGCUGCCUGCGAUGAUUGACCAGGGCGUGACUGUCAUUUACCAGAUGACUGCCAGCAUCUUCGCCAUUCUGCCCCUCACCGCGUACAACCAGACCUCCGCCGAGGUCAAGACCAUCCUGACCCCUUUCAUGUCGGCUCUGACCAACCUCGGCAUUGAGUACGAGCUUUCCUUGACCCAGUACGAUUCGUACUACGACCACUAUAACAAGUACAUGGGCCCUCUGCCCUGGGGUAAUCUGGCUGUGUCCGAGUACCAGUACGGUGGUCGUCUUAUCCAGCGCGAAACCCUGGAACACAACUCCGUCGGCAUGGGUAAUGCGCUGCGCAACCUGACUCAGUCCGGCGUGAUUGCCGUAGGUGUGGGCAUGGACGUGUCCAACCCUGGCAACGUGUCGAACGCUGUGUUCCCCGCGCUGCGCAACGCCGCCGUCACCAUGCAGAUCGGCACCGUGUGGAACGAGACCGCUCCCUGGUCCCAGAUGGUCGCUGAUCAGUACAAGAUCACCAAUGAGUAUGUGCCCCAGCUGGAGGCCGUCACCCCCAACAGCGGCUGCUACCAGAACGAGGCCAACUUCCGUCAGCCCAACUGGAAGGAGACUUUCUUCGGCAGCAACUACAGCCCCCUGCUUUCAAUCAAGAAGAAGUGGGAUCCUGAGUCGUUCUUCUACGUGCUGAAGGGCGUGGGCAGCGAUGCUUGGACCGUGUCCAAGUCUGGCCGCAUGUGCCGGGCUUAA